UUUUCACAAUUAUCUCAACAGAGUGUUGACACGUACUAAUAUAAUUGGCAAGAGCUGAGCAUAGGGUUCACAAUUUCGAAUAAAACUCUCUCUUUUUCUUAUCCCUACAAGCUUAACUGAAGUGGAAAAAUCUUAAACAUGGGAGGAGGAACCAUGCGCAUAGACCUUCCUAUGAUUCAGUUCUCUACUCCAUCAAACCCUCCCCCUCUUCUUCCUCUGGCUUCUUCUAAUCUUAACUUUCUAAAUUCUGCCAAUCAAACUCCUGCUCCUCUCAUAGAAUCUUGUGCUGCUUUCUGCUCCUCCCACACUAGUAGAAAACUAGAGUCCGUAGAAGGGACAGGAGAUAAAAGAGCAGGUGGGUCCUUAGAUUAUACGGCGUUCUAUUCUGUCCCAUCAAAAUUCGAAGUCGAAAAUGCGGUAGCCGCUCUUCAGCAGUACUCCAGAACCUUAUUAACUCAAGGUUGUGGAAUCGUUCGUGAUACUUUUCGUCUGCUGGUGACUGACCCAUCAGUCAAGGUGCCUUAUUUUCAUUCUUACUUAUUAUCAUUUANCAAAAAAAAAUGUUCGAUUCUUCGAUAA